AUGAAAGUCAUUCCAAAUAUUUUCGAGCUUCCACAACAACUGGCUGCAGGAGAAGAGAUCACCGGUGAUGAUGUGGAAAAAAGUGAAUCAUCCGCAUCCACACCCAGCAACACAGAAACACCAACUUCUACUACUACUACUACUGCUGGUGCCAUCACCACAAAGAGUUCAUCCUCUUCAACCUCCUCUUCAAUAACAUCUCCAGGAAAUCUUCAACCCUUAUCCUUGAUUGGUCAUUCCCGAUCGGCUGAAGCCACUUACUUUCAAAUUCCUCAACUCUCUACUAACAUUGAUAUGGGUUUUAUUGAUAAAAAGUACAUGAAUCAACAUCCGAAUACUUUUCUCAUUACCCACACGCAUGCCGAUCAUUCGUACUAUCUCAGUGCUUGUCAACCUGCAUUUAUCAAUCGAAAAGUACCUAAUCGUGUCUUUGUUCCGAAAGAGAAUGUGAAAUUUGUUGAGAACUUUUUACAUGCCUGUCAAGAAUUGAAUGCUGGAAAAGAAUUACCUCGUGAGAGUGUUCAGGAGAGAAAACCAGUUCAAGUGAUUGGAGUCUCUCCAGGAGAUGUUAUUGAAAAAAUUGGAGGAAAGGAGAACUUUGUGGCACGUGUGGUACGAUGUGAUCAUUCAAUUGUUUGUAAUGGUUAUGCCAUUUAUGAAAAGAAAAAGAAAUUGAAAAAAGAAUUUUCACAUUUGAAAGGUGCUGAAAUUGGAAAGAUGAGAAAAGAACUAGGUGAAGAUGCAGUGUGUGACACAAUUUUCGAACCUCGUAUUGCCAUUAUGGGAGAUACGACUUAUCGAGUGUUUGAAAUGAAUCCAGAGUUAUUGGAAUUUCCUGCAAUUGUUGUGGAAUGCACAUUUUUAGAAGAAGGACAGGAAGAGCAAGCACUUGGAGCUUAUCACAUGCAUUGGAACCAUUUGAAACCCAUUGUUGAAAAGUAUUCAAAUAUUCACUUUAUUUUGACACAUUUUAGUUUGAGAUAUACGGAUGAAUUUAUUUUGGAUUUCUUUGCCAAACAAAAUGUGAAGAAUGUGACGCCUCUUGUGGAUGAUAAGUUUUAG